AUGAGUGAAUAUAAUUUGAGGAAAGAUGAUGAGUCUCCGUUUUAUAAACUGGAUACAAUAAAAUGUGAAAUCCCAAUAAAUCCAGAAUUUAGUAAAAGGAUAGACAAGUUUGUCAACCAGUUGCGAAUAUCUUAUGGGACAUUAGAAGAAUUUGUUGAUAACUUUGUUUAUGAAUUAAAAAAGGGUUUAGAAGCACAUCGUAGGCACCCCAAUUUAUGGAUUCCACAUGAAUGUAGUUUUAAAAUGUUAGAUUCCUGUAUUUCUGAUAUACCAACAGGACAAGAAAGAGGAACUUAUUAUGCUAUUGAUUUUGGUGGUACAAAUUUUCGAGCAGUAAGAGCAUCAUUAGAUGGAAAUGGAAAAAUAAAAAGAGAUCAAGAAACAUAUAGUUUAAAAUUUACUGGUACAUUUUCCCAUGAAAAGGGUUUAUUAGAUAAACAUGCAACUGCUUCUCAAUUAUUUGAUCACUUUGCUGAAAGAAUUAAAUAUAUUAUGGGUGAAUUUAAUGAUUUAGAUAAUAAUGAAAAGAGUGUUGGAUUUACUUUUUCAUUUCCUUGUACCUCUCCAUCUAUUAAUUGUUCUAUUCUAAUUGAUUGGACAAAGGGUUUUGAAACAGGAAGAGCAACUAAUGACCCAGUAGAAGGUCGAGAUGUAUGUAAAUUGAUGAAUGAUGCUUUUGCUCGAUCUAGUGUACCUGCAAGAGUUUCAUGUGUUGUUAAUGAUGCAGUAGGAACACUUAUGUCAUGUGCAUAUCAAAAAGGUAAAUCUGCUCCUCCAUGUUAUAUUGGUAUAAUUUUAGGAACAGGAUCUAAUGGUUGUUAUUAUGAACCUGAUUGGAAGAAAUAUAAGUAUUCAGGUAAAAUUAUUAAUAUUGAAUUAGGAAAUUUCGAUAAAGAUUUACCAUUAUCACCAGUUGAUUUAGUUAUGGAUUGGUAUUCAGCAAAUAGAAGCAGACAAUUAUUUGAAAAAAUGAUAUCAGGUGCAUAUUUAGGUGAAAUAGUUCGAAGAUUUAUGGUUAAUGUUUUACAAAGUGAAUCAUCUAAAAAAAUGUGGCAAUCUGAUAGCUUUAGUUCUGAAUCAGGUAGUGUUGUUUUAAAUGAUACUACUCCUGAUUUUAGUGAAUGUAAAAAAAUAGCUAAAGAAACAUGGGAUAUGGAUUUUACAGAUGAACAAAUCUAUGCAUUAAGAAAAAUAUGUGAAGCAGUAUAUAAUCGUUCAGCAGCAUUAGCAGCUGCUACUAUAGCUGCUAUAGCUAAACGUAUAAAAAUUAUUGAGCAUUCAAAAUUUUCAUGUGGUGUUGAUGGCUCAUUAUUUGUAAAAAAUGCAUGGUAUUGUAACAGAUUAAAAGAGCACUUAAAAGUUAUUUUAGCUGACAAAGCUGAAAAUCUUAUUAUUAUUCCAGCUGAUGAUGGAUCAGGUAAAGGAGCAGCUAUCACUGCUGCCGUUGUUUCAUUAUCUAGAAAUAUGAAGCAAUUACCAUAA